GCGACGCAAACAGCGAGAUCUCUAUCUUAUGAACUAUGAAAGUGAACUAAAGUAACUAAAGAACUGAAUGCUUUAUUUACAACAAAAGCAGCCACGCCCUAUUUUGAAAUUGCGUCUACGUCAAAACGUCCAGUGAAAUGGUUACGUGACGGUGGCCACAGUGCUGCUAUUUACUCCUUCAGUUUUCUCGUCUGGUCGGGCGAGGUGUGCUAUGAACGAAGUGAUACAGUUGAUUGCUUUUUCAGGGAAAGUGGACGACCUCCGAAAGUGUGUAACUGUACCAGAGCUUUUAAUUGUUUUGUUUUUCUUUUCGUUUUGUACGAUUUCUUCUUAUGGAUAUUUUUAAAUUUGUGAUUAUUUUUUCUCCAUCUCCAUGAUAUAUGCAUUUUCCAAAAGAUUGACAUACACAUAACAGCCAAACAUCUUAUCUUAAGUUGAGGCUAUAUAUAGAACUUCCUGGAAAGCCACACCAGCAUAAUACUCUUCAGGAAAAGGAUUAUGCUUUUGGACUAGGGAAGUCAUUUUUUUCAAAAUGAAGAUCAUUAUUACCCUCCAGAUUGAGGGUAUGACAUGUAAUUCAUGUGUUAAUACGAUAGAACAGAAAAUACAAGGACUUGAAGGAGUGAAAAAAAUUAAGGUUUCCUUAGGAAAUAAAUCUGCUGAAAUAGAAUAUAAUAGUGAUGUUAUUUCUGAAGCACAACUCGCUGAAAAAAUAGAAGAGAUGGGUUUUGAAGUUGACAUUCCUAAUAUUUCUAAGUUAGAAAGAACUGCAGUUUCAGUGAAAGGAAUGACGUGUAAUACUUGUGUUCGUAAAAUUGAAUCAAAUAUUCUUAUUUAUCCUGCCGUUAAAAGUAUUAAGGUAUCAUUUGAGGAGAGGUUAGCUAGAAUUAUAUAUGACUCAACCCAAAUGAACAUUGAUGAAUUGUGUAAAAAAAUUAGUGACUUAGGAUAUGCAUCAGAACCAUUUCCAUUAAACUUGUUAAAUGAAUCUUUUGUUAAAAUUAAUGUGGAAGGAAUGACUUGCCAUUCUUGUGUAAACAACAUUGAAGAUUUUGUUGGUAAAAAAGCUGGUGUACAUAACAUUACAGUAUCUCUUUCAGAAAAAAUUGCUUCUAUAUGUUAUGAUCCUAAUAUCAUCAAGUCCAAUGAGCUUAGAGAUAUUAUAGAUGAUAUGGGUUUUGAUGCAACUGUGCUUGAAGUUUCAGAUCUGAAGGAUAAACCAAAAUUUGUGGUUCUUGAAGUUCAAUCUUUAAGUUCAACUGCAUGGUCAUCUGAAGAUGAAAACCAGUUGUUUCAUACUAAAGGUGUCAUCAGUAUUAAAGAAGUGUUUCAACAUGGGUAUAUUGUCUAUUAUUUGCCUACUGUGAUCUCUGCAAAUGAUAUAAUCAGUGCUAUUCAAUCAAUGGGAUUUAUUUGUUAUGAAAAAGAUAUUGAUUCCAUAAAAAAUACUAGUAUAGUUGAAUCAGUGAAAGAAUCACCAAAAAUAAUGCAGAAUGGCAUUUUUGAAGUAGAUGGGAAACCACUGAAAAAAAAAGCUGAUGUUUACCUGGAUAUUGAGGAAGAUUUAGAAAAGUGUUUCAUACGGGUAACUGGGAUGACUUGUGCAUCAUGUGUAGCUGCUAUUGAACGAAAUAUUAUGAAAAUAGAAGGUAUCCACAGAGUAUUAGUUGCUUUGAUGGCACAAAAAGCAGAGGUGAAGUAUGAUCCUGCAUACAUCCUGCCCUCACAGAUAGCAUCAGCUAUCACUGCACUUGGUUAUCCUAGUACUGUGUUGGAUGAUGAUACAACUGAAUAUGGAGAAGUAAAUUUACAUAUUGGUGGAAUGACAUGUUCCUCAUGCGUACAUAAAAUAGAGACUACUAUUAGUAAAAUGCCUGGUGUCAUCUCUGCAUCUGUUGCUUUGGCUACUCAGCAAGGGCGUUUUAAGUUUGACUCCGAAGUAACUGGUCCAAGAAAUAUUAUUGAUGCUAUAAAGAGUAUGGGUUUUGAUGCAUAUCCUCUCUCAGAUCAUACUCGUGAUGCCAGCUAUCUGCUUCAGAAAGAGGAAGUUCGCAAGUGGCGUAAUUCUUUCUAUCUUUUACUGGUAUUUGGCUUGCCAUCUAUGGUCGUAAUGAUGUACUUUAUGUUUGUGAAGAUGUCAACAGGAAGAGAAAAUCUUUGUUGUGUAAUUCCUGGCCUUUCAUCAGAGAAUUUGUUCCUCUUUUUAUUGGCCACUCCUGUGCAGUUUUAUGGUGGAAGGUACUUCUAUGUGCAAGCUUUUAAAGCUUUAAAACAUCGCACUGCCAACAUGGAUGUUUUGAUUAUGUUAGCCACAACAAUAGCUUACUUUUAUAGUGUUGCUGCUCUCUUAUAUUUUACAAUUGUGGAAGCUGAUCGGAGCCCGAAAACAUUUUUUGAAACACCUCCUAUGCUAUUAAUUUUCAUAUCAUUAGGAAGAUGGUUGGAACAUAUUGCAAAGGGCAAAACAUCAGAAGCUUUAGCAAAGCUUUUAUCUCUUCAAGCUACUGAAGCCACAUUGGUUGAAGUUGAUGAGUAUGGUCAGAUAUUGAAUGAAAAGCAGAUUGAUGUUGAACUUGUUCAACGAGGUGAUACAUUAAAAGUUGUACCUGGAGCUAAAAUUCCAGUUGAUGGCCGAGUAGCAUAUGGAAGCUCCACUGCAGAUGAAUCUUUAAUAACUGGGGAAUCUUUACCUGUGCCAAAAGGUCCAAAAUCUCAGGUGAUUGGGGGAUCUGUUAACCAAACUGGUGUAUUAAUAAUUGUUGCAACUCACAUUGGAAAAGAUACAACUUUGGCUCAAAUUGUAAAACUUGUUGAAGAAGCUCAAACAUCUAAGGCUCCUAUUCAACAACUAGCAGAUAAAAUUGCUGGAUAUUUUGUACCUGUCGUAGUAGCUGUCUCUCUUAUCACUUUAAUUGGAUGGAUAAUUGCUGGAUAUUUCUCUAUUGACUCUAUAAAGUCAUUUCAUAAAAAGCAUAAAGAAGAUGCUACUGACUCUGAAAUUACUUUCCAAUUUGCCUUCCAAUGUGCACUUACAGUACUUGCAAUUGCUUGUCCAUGUUCACUAGGACUUGCCACACCAACUGCAGUGAUGGUUGGAACGGGAGUGGGUGCUGUUAAUGGUAUUCUUAUAAAAGGGGCUGAAGCCUUAGAGUUAGCCCAUAAAAUAAAAUGUGUGUUGUUUGACAAGACUGGCACAAUCACUCAAGGUGUUCCUGUUAUGACACACAUCAGUAUUUUUGUUGAUCAAAAUGUCUGCUCGCUAGCUAAAGUGUUAGCUAUUGUAGGAACAGCAGAAGCAUACAGUGAACAUCCAAUUGCAGCUGCUAUUACUACAUUUGUAAAAAAGGCAUUAACUACUGAAACAUUUGGGAAAUGUGAAGAUUUUGCUGCUGUUCCUGGCUGUGGCUUACGUUGCAAAGUAACUAACAUCCAACACAUGCUAAAAAAUGAAGCAGAAAUUGAAAAUCUUGUAAAUCCAUCCAGGAAAAGUAAUACAAGUCUCAGUUCUUAUCAUGAAGGAAUUGGAAAUGUCUUUAUUGAUCGUAAAAGAAAUGACAUCCCUGUCUUCAAUGCAUCUUCUCUUGCAGCCAAUUUAAUAGAAAAUUUAAAUGAUGCAGGUUCUGCUGCUGGAGAUCAGCAAACUGUAUACUCAGUUUUAGUUGGCAACAGAGAAUGGAUGAUUCGAAAUGGAUUGAAUGUUCCUGAGAGUGUGGAUUCUCUCAUGAAAGAUCAUGAAGAAAAAGGUCAUACUGCUGUAUUGUGCGCUGUUGAUGGUUCUCUUGUAUGUAUGAUGGCUGUAGCAGAUACUAUAAAACCCGAAGCUCAUUUAGUUGUUCAUACACUUAAAAGAAGAGGUUUAGAUGUAAUUCUUCUGACUGGUGAUAAUAAAAAAACAGCUACUGCAAUUGCUAGACAGGUCGGGAUUUCUAGAGUUUUUGCUGAAGUUUUGCCAUCACACAAAGUUAUGAAAAUUCAGCAGCUCCAAGAACGAGGCCUCAAAGUUGCAAUGGUAGGAGAUGGAGUCAAUGAUUCUCCGGCAUUAGCUAAAGCAGAUGUUGGAAUAGCAAUAGCUAAUGGAACUGAUGUUGCUGUAGAGGCAGCUGAUGUUGUGCUUAUAAGAAAUGACUUGUUAGAUGUUGUGGGUGCUAUUGAUCUUUCAAGUAGAACUGUUAGAAGAAUUCGAUAUAAUUUUAUAUUUGCUAGCAUGUAUAACUUGAUUGGUAUUCCUUUAGCAGCAGGUGUUUUUCGUCCUUGGGGAAUCAUUUUGAAACCUUGGAUGGGUUCAGCAGCAAUGGCUGCAUCUUCAGUGUCUGUUGUGUGUUCGUCAUUACUACUUAAACUGUAUCAUAAACCUACAAAAGAAGAACUCACAACUCCAGCCUAUCUUGAAGUUCUUCAAAAAACAAGGUUACAUUCUACAGGGAGUAUGGAUAAUAUAUCUGUGCAUCGAGGUUUAGAUGAUAUUCCAAUUCCUGAACCCAAAGGUUCUAUGAAAAGUAAUAAUAUGAGCUUUAUUUUGAAUUUUGUUACUGGAUCUAAACAGGUAAAAGAAGACGCACUUCUCGGUACUGAAAAUCAAGAAAUGGAGACAUUUAUAAGUGAAACUUAAAAUUCAAUCAUAUUUUUACAUACUUUAAAGUGCAUUUUUUACAUGUUUUAAAAUGAUUAUUUAGACAUAAAACUGAUCAUCAAAAUGCUGAGAACAAUGAAAUUUAAGAACUUCAAUUAUCAUGAGAAAGAUUAAUGCAGAAAUUUUAUUAAAAACAGGCCUGAUAUUUAUCAAGUUUUUAAAUUAUUUGUAUUAAUCAUCUGAAGUUUAAAAUGCAUAUGCAAUGAAAACUUCUGGUAAAACAUGUUAAAUCUCUAUAUAUUACAUUUUUUUGCUUCACAUCUCAAAACAUUUUAGUUUUAUCUUUUCUUAAAGAACUCUAUACAGCUUUAUUGCUCUUUAAAAUAAAUGGUAAAAAUCUAAUAAAAUUCUUUAGGAUAAUUUGUUAAUAGUUGCAUUUGGGAAGAGGCUUAUAAAAUAGUGAUAUACACUCAUGUCCAAAAUUAUGUUUACAUGCAUAAAUUCAAGGAUUUCUCAGAGACUAUGACUUAUAAUUUAAUGAAUUUUCGUGGAAUCAUACAUAACAUGAUGACACAUAAAUGCAAAA